GUUCGCUAACAACAGCAACAACACAGACCAACAAACAAACAAAUCCCCUCAAAAUGUUCAAAUUGGUGGUGUUGUCUGCUCUCCUUGCCGUAGCUGUUGCUCGUCCCGGUCAUCUCUAUGAAUCCCCCGUAGUCUAUUCGGCGCCAGCUGCUACAAUUGUCCAGGAACCGGUGCUGGCCAAGGUCGGUGCUGUGGUCAAGAGCAUUCCCUCAUCGGUCUCCCAUCAGAGCCAAUCGGUGGUCCACAGCUCCGCUCACUAUGUCGAGGAUGUGGUUGCACCUGUCGUCAAGUCCUAUGCUGCCCCAGUUGUCUCCAGCUAUGUGGCUGCUCCAGCGCCAAUCAUCUCCAGCUAUGUGGCACCUGCUCCCAUUGUCAAGACUGUGGCCACCUAUGCCGCUGCUGCUCCAGUGCUGAAGACCAUCGCCACGCCCGUUGUCUACAAUGCUGGCUGGUAAAGCUUAGACUAGUGGAUUAGUAACUGGACUGCUCUAUUACUGAUCCUAAAUUACCCAAAUUCGCCUGUAUAUAUAUUGCUUCAUCUGUUUAAUUGCGAGUAAAAUGUGAUUG